AUGGCGGCUGCAGAGGAAGAGGAGAAUCAGCACUCCGAGACGCUCCUCUGGGCGAUUCACAUGUGCUUCAACAGCAAGCUUUAUGCAGACGUCAGCAUCCGCCUGGGCGGCGUCGAAAUUCCAGCGCAUGCAAUCGUGCUUUCGGCACAGAGCGAAUACUUCAAGGCAGCGUUGAGGUCUCCCAUGAAAGAGGCCACCGAGAAGAAGUUUGAGUACAAAGAGGGCAGCAUGCAUGCACACUGGAGAGUCUUUGAGUACCUGUACAGAGGAGAGUACUCGGAGGAUCCUGCACCGCCGCUGCUCCCAAUAGCUGACGAUGACGAACUCAUCAAGGACAUUCGCGUCUACCAGUUGGCCGACUACUUUAGAGUCGAGGGGCUAAGGGAAUACGCCUUGCACAAUUUCGAGUCAAAGAUCAAGCACCUCUGGGUCAGCGAGAGCUUUGUCGACUGCAUACGAGAGGUCUAUGGGGCAACCGAUCUGGGUUACGAGAUGAGAAAGGCGAUUCUACAGGUUGUGCGCGGCCACCUGGGGGAGCUGUGGGAGAAGAAGGCCUUUCGCCUGCUAGUCCGCGAGGGAGGCGACUUUCCGAUGGAGAUUAUAAGCGGAUUCAUCAAUAAAUGA